CCUCCAAGGCAACGUCCAGGAGGCAGCCAAGCGGCGGGGAACGCAGGUCCCAGCGACGGCAAAGAAGCCGGGAAGGCACAGGCCGGGCGAAGCCCCCACGGCCAGCGUCCGCUUGUCCCCCACGUCCUCCUCACCAGCGCCGGCCUCCGUCGACCCCGCAACAAGGGGAGGAAGAGGAGGAACAGGUACCAACUGAUGGAGGAACUUCAGCAGAAGCCAUGCAAGUUCCUUUGGAGGAAGAGGGAGAAAUGGAAGAAGAUGAGGCUAUUAAUGAUGAAAAUUACUUAAGUAAGAGACCACUAGAAAGUCCCGAAUCUGAGGAAAUGCCUGCCAUGAAGCGGCCAAAACUAGGUAGCAUAAAAGGGGAUACCUCAGAUGGGACAGUGGAACCACGUGAGCCUCUUAGUUCAAUUAAUGCCCAAAAGGUGCCACCAAUGCUUUCCCCAGUUUGCGUUCAGGAUAAUGCUGAUCUGGUUCCUCCCUCUCCGGAACCGCCCAUACUGGCUCCCAUUGCAAAAUCACAGUUGCCGGUUUCCAAACCAUUGGAAUCAAGAGCAUUGACACCUAAAGCAAAGGUGAAAACAAACUCUCCAGGGCAGAAAACUAAAAUGCCCAAAGUUCCUCCAUCACCAGCAGUUAGUGGGAGCCCCAUUCGCUCACCAAAAACUGGACCGAAAGAGAAGAAAUCCCCAGGCCGAUCCAAGAGCCCCAGAAGCCCUAAGAGUCCAAAGGUUCCGGUUCAUGUCCCUCAAGCAGCGAUUAAGCAGGAGACACCAAGCAGAACCCCCUUGGCAGCAUUAAGUGAAAAGAUGGGGAAAGAGAAUAUCCAAAUAAAACAAGGGCCAACCCCAGCUGACCCCGGGAAACCAAACAGUGAGAAUCCAGCAAAGAAAGUGGUAGUGCUUGACAAGACAAUAGAUGAUUCCAUUGAUGCUGUGAUUGCCCGUGCAUGUGCCGAACGGGACCCAGACCCGUUUGAGUUUUCCUCAGGGUCAGAAUCAGAAGGAGAUAUUUUCACCAGCCCAAAAAGACUUUCUGUGUCAGAGACCACAAUCCCUAAAGCUUCUAUUUCAGCCAACAGCAGCUUAAAUAAAGCAGGAAGCACCCCAGUUCCUCCCUCUGGUGGAACGUCAAGUUCAGACAUCUCAUGGACAAUGGAUGAUUCAAUAGACGAGGUCAUUCGAAAGGCAAAUAUGGGCCCGCCUGCUAAUUUACCUGCAAACUUUCCUUAUUUCUCAUCUCCUUCUGCUUCUCCACCAACUCCAGAGCCUCUGCUCAAAGUUUACGAGGAGAAGACUAAGCUGGCUUCCUCAGCAGAAGUCAAAAAGAAGCUGAAAAAAGAGCUGAAGACGAAAAUGAAAAAGAAGGAGAAGAACAAAGACAAGGAGAAGAGCAAAGACAAGAACAAAGACAAGGAGAAAAACAAGGAUAAAGACAAGGAUGGAGGCAAAGAAGGGAAAUUUCCAUGGAAGGACCUGAUCAGAGAUGACAAUUUGGAUCCCUACAAGUUCAAAAUUAAAGACUUUGAUGAUGACCCAAAAGUGAAGGUAAAAGAUGGCAGUUCCAAAAAAGAGCGAGAGAAGCAUAAAGACAAGAAGAAAGACAAAGAGAAAGGCAAGAAAGAGAAAGAGAAGAAAGACAAAGAGAAAGUGAAAGAUAAAAAUAAAGAAAAGAGUAAAGCUUCAUCGACCCCUCUUGUUUUGCCUCCCAAAGACCUGUCCUUGCCCUUGUUUAGCACCCCAGCUGCCAUGAAACUCCCAUCGCUGCUACCAGCUCUCUCGACAAUGCUUCCCGACAAGCUGUUUGAGGAGAAAGAGAAGCCCAAAGAAAAGAAGAAAGACAAAAAGGAGAAGAAGAAGAAGAAAGAGAGGGAGAAGGACAAAGAGAAGGAGAAGAAGGAGAAGGAAAAAGAGAAGAAGGAGAGGGAGAAGAAAGAAAAGGAAAAAGAGAAACACAAACAUGAAAAACAGAUCAAAGUGGAACCCGUUGUUCCUGCGCCGUCUCCUGUGAUUCCCAGGCUGACACUGAGAGUGGGGGCUGGUCAGGACAAGAUUGUCAUCAGCAAAGUGGUGUCAACACCGGAGGCUAAACCAUCUGCUCUUCUAGCUCGGCCCAAAACACCACCCCCUCCACCAGCACCAGCACCAGCUCCUAUCCAUGUAACCCCUCCUCCUCCUCCUUCGGUAGUUCCUCCUCUGCCUCCAGCCGCCAUUUCCCCAGCUGUGAUUCCACCACCAUCUCCUGCAAUGUCUGCUAUGGGAGGAUCCAAAGCUCCAGUACGGAGUGUGGUAACAGAGACUGUCAGUAAUUAUGUGAUCCGAGACGAAUGGGGGAACAAGAUUUGGAUCUGCCCUGGCUGUGAGAAGCCGGAUGAUGGCAGUGCGAUGAUUGGCUGUGAUGACUGUGAUGACUGGUAUCACUGGCUUUGCGUCGGAAUUACGGCUGCUCCCCCAGAAGAAAUACAGUGGUUCUGCUCCAGAUGCGCGAGCAAAAAGAAAGAUAAUAAAAAACACAAGAAGUGGAAACACAAAGCACACUGAAGUCACUGCGGAGUUCUGUCAGACUGUUGCUUCAGCACUCCUGCCCUGACUUCUUUUGUGGUGGGAUUCUUCCACCUCACCCAUCGCCGUCAAGUUUUGAGGAUUGAUGUUUCUUGGGAGAAUCAGGAACAAACAUACACAAUCCACCCUGAGCUGGCUUUUUUUCCCGUCCUCCUCCUUCAUCAAAUGGUGUUGGCCUUGAUAGAGAAUUUUUGUCUGCCAUGAACUCACCGGCUGAAGAGCAGGGAGCUGAGAAGUCUAGAGCCCGAGGAGGAGGAGGCUCUGUCCGUCGGCCACAGCAGUGACACUUGUAAAUAUUGCUGCCUUCUUCCAGUUGCUUUUUUUUUUCCUCUUUGGAGUCUGUUCUUUGAGGAAUAGGAGGGACUCCCGAAUGCAAGCGACUGUCCUUUGGGAGCCACUCGAGUGAUUUCUGUGACUCCCAGCCUCCUCUUUUCACAUAGCCAGAUAAUCAUUAAUGACAUGGGGUGGGGCAGCUUGCUGGUAAAUAUUUUUCUGAUAAGAAUAUAUGAAAACUUUUCAUGUUGCUCCCUCAUUUCCUCCUCCUCCUGCCCCUUCCUUGAUUUUUAAGACCUAACAUUAAUAAACAUGCUUGAGCUUUUUGUGAAAUAACUUCUAUUUUUUUAAAGAAAAACAGAAAAGUUUCUAUUGUGGCCAUUUUACUUUCUUAGUGUGUGUGUCUGGAUUUUUUUUUGGUUGGUUGGCUGGUUUUGUUUUUUGCGCUCCUUCAGUCUCUUAAUAAUAUAAGACAAAUUCUUUUCCCCGUGUCCCUCCCAUUUGAGUUUAUUCUGUCGUCUUCUCUCUGUUGCUAGUUCAUUUCACUGGUGCGUCCAAGUGCUUCACAUGAAUAGGUUUUUACUCAAGUAGAUUUCUAUGAGGUAUUGUUGAGUUAUUUUCAAAGAUUGCAACAGGGUAAUUUUCAUUAUUUUUUAAUGUAGAGCUUAACAGUUUCUAGACUUCUGCAAGCAUAUAUGGAGGGAGAGAGGCUAGAAAAUGCUUACCCUAAUACACCUUAUCUUCAGAGUUGCUUUACAAGUUAUGUUUUAAAGAUAUUCUCUGUUGAGUCAUUUAUGUACCUAUAGAUACUUGCAGAUGUGAGAAUGCCCUUUGGGUUUAAAUGGCAAAAUCCAUGCACGGUGGCGACAAUCGUGAAUGGUGCAUCUGUGCAUUUCAGUGACCAGGUUUUUCCUCGAUGUCCACAGAGCCAAUGCUUGAGAAAGGACUGGGCCUUCACUUCCUUGUAUAUUCUGAGGAAAUGUAGUUAUUUAAACACACAUACACCCUUUGCAAUAGAUAAAUACCAUGCAUGAGGUUUACCAUUAAAACACAGAGUUUUGUGGUGUUUUGUAGCAGAGUUUUAAAAAGUGAGGUGUGAAGGAACUGAAUGAUGCUUGUAGAAGAUUACACAGGAUGAAGAAUAAACUCGUUAAACUGAGGAUGGGGGGGGGUGUCCUCUCUUUCCUUUCAUGUGUCCUGGGAAGGCCAGCCAUCUUGACAGGCCAGCGUUCAGGUCCUUGUUCCAGGAUAAAUCAGGGGUAACCUCUCCAUCACAGGCAGUACCUGAACUGUGUCCCUGGCUAGUGUCUGCGCACUGCUUCACUGAACCUACCAUGUCCUCUAUAAUCUUCAUAAAGUUGCCGGGAGGGGAGGGAGAGGCAUACAUCCUUGCAGUGCCAAGAGGUUGUCCCAGCAACUUCCCAGCUUUCUCUCCAACCUAGAAGCUGAAUGUGACAUGUUGUGAAGAUCAACUGUGGGGGAGGUCUUAGGCAUGCAUCCUCUUUCUGAAUUGCAUGUGCUGCACGAGCUCUGAGAUAGCAGAAUGAUUUGCAGCACAGCACAUAUUUCUUGGCGACCACAGUUUUAAAUAAUGUCUGCUACAGUAUUCUGUAUAUAAAGCCCAAGUGCCAGAAAGUACGUCAGCUGUGCAAAAGCAGAGUUUACCAAAUUUAAUAGUAGCAAAAGAAGUUUAAGCUGGGAUCACCUCCCUAUUUCCAAAUUGUUGUAAGUCUGUUGACAGACUUCACCGCAUUCAUAUUUCCUUGAGUCAACAUAGGAACCACCCUUUUCCUGCUUUUGAACUGUAAUUGUUUUGUGAACCUUUUACAUACAUGCAUUUUUAAAAAAUGCAAAGACAGUGUGUUCAUAAGGUGUGUGUUAUCUAUGUUCCUUGUCAGAGAAGAAGAAAACUUCGUUCGCCAUAAAACUUGUAAACAAUGCUGGAUAUUUUACUGCAUUUCCUGAAGAGGAAAAUAAACAAUUGUAAAAAUGUGAA